GUAGCUUUUUGGAAACUUCAUUCUCUCUUGAAACAAGCAGUAGGACGCGUUGAUUCCAUGCUCAAUGAGUGGAUGGAAAUACACAACAUGUACACCAAAAGCAAAGAUGAAGAAGCACAUCUUGCUAGUACUACAUCGAUAUCUCAACAUGUUGUGGAGCCUCAAGAUAUGAUGGUUGGACAUGAAAAUGAACUCGAGAUGAUCAUGCAGGAUCAGCUUGCUAGAGGAGCAAGUGAACUUGAAGUUGUCUCCAUUGUAGGUAUUGGGGGCAUCGGUAAGACAACUUUGGCUGACAAAAUUUAUAAUGAUCCAUUCAUAAUGUCACACUUUGACAUUCGUGCAAAAGCUACUGUUUCACAAGAGUAUUGUGCGAAAAAAGUACUCCUAAGUCUUCUUUCUUCGACUAGUGGAAAGAUCGAUGAGCAUCAAGAUGAUGGGCAACUAGCUGACCGAUUACAAAAAAGUCUAAAAGGGAGGAGGUAUUUGAUAGUCAUUGAUGACAUAUGGACCGAACGAGCUUGGGAUGAUAUCAACCUAUGUUUCCCAGAUUGUAACUGUGGAAGCAGAAUACUGCUGACCACUCGGAAUAUGGAAGUUGCUGAAUAUGCUAGCGCAGGUAAGCCUCCUAAUCAAAUGCGACUCUUAAAUUUUGAUGAAAGUUGGUGAAGCAUUCGAUGAAUGGACAAGUGUUGCCGAGAAUGUAAGUUCAGUGGUAAGCACAGUCAUAAUGUUCAAUGCAUGAGAGUUUUGGCAUUGAGUUACCAUUACUUGCCAAAUCACCUAAGACCGUGCUUUCUAUAUUUUGCAAUCUGCCAUGUUAGGUACCACCAUAAGCUUGGAGGUAAGGUCUAUGUCCUCCUCUAUGUAUUUUGUUUUUGUUUAUCUAUGAU